AGAGACAGACUGAGAGUGAGUGAGUAAGAGAGUGAGAGGAAUAGUAGGAGGGGGCCUAAUGAGAAGAGAAUGUUGUCUGGUCUGGCUAUUGUGCAUUUUUUGCUGCAGCGUUCACCACCAGCUCCUGAGAAAGGGAGGAGAAAAGAGGGUGAGAGAGUGAGUAAUGGAAGGAGGCUAACUGAUAAUGUCAAAAGAAAGGAUGUCAUUAUAGACUGCUGCUUGAAGAACUCUGUCACAGUCCUAAAAGAUCUCAAAUUCAGGACUCAGCUACUAAGACUCAAGCUUUGUACCAAAAAAAGGAAAACAGAAAACAAUUCUGAGAUCAAAUAAACAAAGAAGGUGUUUGCAGUAUGUUUCCUGUAUUGCAGAGCACAGACUGGGUGAAGACCAAGAAGCAAUCACCCUGUGCCGUCCUACCUGGCUCUGCUUCACUUAAAACUACAGUAGCUUUUCUGGCGUGCAGCAUUGUGAGGGUAAUGUUGUAAAAGAGCUCUCCUUGGAGCUGUAUAUCAGCCAAAGAAGACAAGAAAGAAAGAAGGCACAGGAGCAAGGAGAGGCAAAUGCUAAACAAGAAUAGUUUUUGAAAGGAAAACAAAACUUACUGAAAACAGGAAUAAUCCUGGGAAAAGGCUCUUGUAGAAGCUUGUGUCUCACCUGACCUGUUUCCAGUGGAGCACUCCAUUCUUUUUUUUUUUUUUUUUGUCCAUGCAGAGACCCUGUCUGUUUCUCCAUCUACAAUUCUUGAAACUAGAAAUGGGCUGGUUGCUGGCGUUGGGGUGCCUGGCAGUAGCAGUGGCUGUGGUGACUGGCUCAGAGAGGAGGCAGCACCAGGUGCAGCAUGGCCCCUGUAGCUACACUUUCAUCCUGCCAGAGGUGGAACAGUGCCAGCCGGCCAGGGACUUCCAGGAGACCAACUCGUUGCAGAGGGACUCUCCCUCUUCCCCCGAGACAGCCCAUGCUAAACCACCCUGGCAGGACAGCAAGCUGGAGAGUCUGGAGAACACUACUGAGAACAGCACACAGUGGCUACAGAAGCUAGAAAGUUAUAUCCAGGAGAAUGUGCGCUCAGAGAUGGCGGAGAUGCAGAGGAAUGUCAUUCACAGCCAGACGGCUACCAUGUUGGAGAUAGGAACCAAUCUUCUCAGCCAGUCAGCAGAACACACGCGCAAACUGACAGAUGUGGAGACUCAGGUGCUGAACCAAACAAGUCGUCUGGAGGUACAACUAUUGGAGUACUAUCUUUCAACCACCCGGCUGGAGAAGCAGCUUGUCCAGCAAAAUCAGGAGGUGUCCCGCCUCAAAGUCAAAAACAGCCUCCUGGAACAGCGCUUUCUUGAUAUGGAAGCCAGACACAGUCAGGAACUGCAGGCAAGCCAGCAGGAGAAAGAGCAGCUGCAGGAGCUACUGGACAGGCAGAGCCGCCUGGUCACCCUGCUCGAGGGACAGCUGGCCAGCUCGACCCGCAACAGCACACUGCUCCAACGCCAGCAAGCUGCUCUCUCAGACACUGUGCAGCAGCUACUGGCCUUGGUAACCCACUGCAAUGAAAUUACCAGCUCCUCUAAAGAGAAGGUCAUGAUCUUCAGAGACUGUGCUGAUAUAUACAGAUAUGGAAUUACAGAAAAUGGAAUAUACAGCAUUCACCUUACCAACAGCACACAGACAAUUAAGGUGUUCUGUGACAUGAAGACUAGAGGAGGAGGCUGGACUGUACUCCAGCAUCGCUUUGAUGGUUCUGUGGAGUUCCAUCGUAGCUGGGAAGAGUACAAAAUGGGAUUUGGAGACCCCUCAGGAGAACAUUGGUUAGGAAAUGAUUUCAUCCACGUUCUCACCACCUCCCAAGACUAUACUCUGCAAGUCCAACUAAAAGAUGUGGAGGGAAACCAGGCCUACUCUCAGUACAACAAUUUCCACAUUGAUGGAGAGGACAAGAAAUAUAGUGUACAUGCUCAUGGUUUUAGUGGCACGGCUGGUCAUACCAGCAGCCUGACCCGCACCGGCACCAUGUUCAGCACGAAGGACCAGGACAAUGACCGAUGCAGCUGCAAGUGUGCACAGAUGGCCUCUGGGGGAUGGUGGUUUGAAGCAUGUGGACCAUCCAACUUGAAUGGAAUCUACUAUGCUGGCGUCUCCAAUGUAAUGCGUUACAAUGGCAUCAAGUGGUAUUACUGGAAAGGGCCAAGCCUAAUAGUGAACAUGACAACUAUGAUGGUGCGUCCUGUCAAUUUCUAAGGGUGGGAUGAGGUCGUCAUAUCUACAAGUUGUAUACAGGCAAAGAUGGCCAGGAUACUGUUCACAGGGUGAAACUCACAGAUGUUUUAUUCAUUCUCGGAAUUUGCCAAGAUAUUUCCUUGUCUGUUUCCUGUUUGCUUGUUUUGGCCUGGCCAAAAGAGCCCAGCUGUGCCAUCAGUGUUAUUUCCCUGUAUACAAAAACAGAAUGCAAAGGCUGAGAUUGCUGAUCAGUGUCUGCUUGUGUACAUGCUGGUAAGUUGGACUCUGAGCUCUUUGUAUAAUAUGAACCAUUUGUCCUUCCUCUCCUGAGAACACCCAUGCCUAUCCGCUGCACAUUUCACUACUUUUCAGAUACCUCUCUUGCUCUAAAAUUAUUUUAAUGUGUUUAAGAGAAAAUACUCCUAUACAAGUGCAUGAGAUAAUAAAAUGGGUGUGUUUUGCAACCACAUGUAAUAAAAACAGAUGUUAAAUUGG